AUGUCUACCAAUUUCGUGGAAGAAAUCAGCACAACGAAUGUUACGAACACGACAUCUGGAUCUGUGAUAUCAAAGUCGCAUGUCGAAACUACAACUCGGGACCAAUCGAUGGCAGGAAAUCAGCAAAACGAGGGGAUUACAAGAAGCAUUUCAAGAUAUAGGCGAUCAAAAGUCUCGACAGAAGCAGAAAGUCUGAAACCUGCGUCACUUCCAACGAGCACCCGAGUACCCAAACGAUCAUCAUCAAAACCACUUAAGGAUAGCUCCAAGCCAGCCAACACCGAUGAUGCACCAGUAAGGAAGGCUACUCACCCUGUUCGAAAAGGUGCUUCAGAUGCUCCAAUCCGUACAAAAUCAGAAAUGAAUGCCACGAGACAGAGUGCUUUUCAAAGAGCAAUGAUUCCAGAAGAUGAAGAGCGUGAAGUGGUAGACAGUAGCAACGCCAACCAAAGCCUGACAAGAAGAGCAAGUGACCGCGGGAUCAUGGCACCAUUACAACAGCAUAAGACGAGUGAACAAGAGCAUUCUGACAAGCCAUCCCAGGCUGAAGGGUCAAGAAAACGAGCUUCAAGUACCCGCAGAAAGUUGAAUCAGCUCACCCGGAAGAUCUGGCCUACGAAAAUGCCUUCGAAGCGAGAAAGUGAGAGCACUGACGAUAUAACACAAAAGAGCGCUGAUGGAAACAUCCAUGCGUCGAAUGCCGCUGAUACAGUUCAGUCCCUUGAGGCACAAAGACCUCGUCGAUGGAGAGAUCCGAGGGAGAGGAGACAGCUUGACGAGGACGAUUUCGUGGAAGAGAGUCAGGAGAGACAGAUACCCUUAUAUACACCUCACAGCAUCCACGGUCCCAAUUCAUGGGAACACAGCAGAAGUCCACCGACUAUGACUUCCGAGCCCGAACGAUUCGCACACCAGGAAGAAGUCUUCGCAGAGAAUGGGCUGCUGGGUAGAUCUUACACACAACGGCAGCAGAGACGUGUGCCAAUGGAGAGGAUGCUCGAUAGAAGUACCUCACACCACACAUCCUCGUCCUGGAAAGGACCAGGAACUUCUCGUUCCAAGUCCCUUCAUUCCAGCAAAAUACCUGAAACCCAAACAACCACCCCCCAGCACAGACCAAGACCAACACUCUCAACAAGCGUCCAAGUCCUCCCCUUAGUAGACCACGCAACCUCCCCCACCUCCUCAACCUCCCUCUCGGAAACCGCAUUCCGAAGACAACCAAGCGUGAGCGUUCGACGACACAGCGGGACACCACCGCCGUUGUUGGAUUUCACGCCUGUGUUCAAGGAGGCGCCGCAGUGGGAUGUGAGGAGGAAGGGAAGGGGGUUUAGGCCGAGGGGGGAGGGGAAGCUUGUGGAGUUUGCGAGGAAUAGGGGGGAGGGAGGGGGGUGA